GGGAUAUUUGGUGCAAAAAGUUUAAAAAUUUGCUAACUUGAAAUAUACAAUACAACGAUUCCGGCGCUAUUAAUGUAUGUAAAUUUUCACUGAAUGAUGUAUGCAUUACUAAAGAAGGAGGAAGAUCGAAAUGCUCACGCAAGUAUCGAUCAAUCAUUUUUAUCGAAAUUCAACCAGUGGCCACAUAUUUUCAAUCUUGCGAAUUGUAUCGUUGGUGUUAGUAUGCUUGCUAUGCCGUAUUGUUUACAACAGUGCGGUAUUUUGCUUGGAACCAUUCUAAUUGGAAUUUGUUCAAUAUUGACCAAAAUUACUUGUCAUUUAUUGUAUCAGGGAGCGUUGCUGACAAGGCGUGGAAGUUAUGAAUCUCUGGCAUCGCACGCUUUUGGUAGUAGUGGAAAACGUUUAAUUGAGUUGCUCAUGAUUUUAUUUUUGAUGUCGUGUAUCAUAUCGUUUAUGGUUGUUAUUGGUGAUAUUGGUCCUCAUGUACUGGCUGAUUAUUUGGAAGUGCAAGCACCUACUCAGAGGUUACGAGUUCUUGUUAUGGUAGUAAUUUUCCUGUUUGUUAUAUUGCCAUUGUCACUGUUCCGUAGUGUAGUCAGUCUAUCGAGAAUUAGUUCAAUAACCAUAUUUUUUUACGGCAUAUUUGUAUUACGCAUGUUAAUUGAAUGCAUCCCACGAAUCUUCGACAGCAAUUGGAGUACUGAUAUACGUUGGUGGCGGCAAGAAGGUGUACUCAAUAGCUUGCCCAUCAUUUCAAUGGCACUGUCCUGUCAGACGCAACUGUUUUGUGUAACUGACUGUAUAAAGGACCCAUCGGCUGCUAAGGUGGAUACAGUAGUUUCGGGUGCAGUGAAUAUCUGUAGUAGUAUGUACGCAGCUGUUGGUUUAUUUGGAUAUGUUGCCUUUCACGAUGUUGAAUUAUAUGGUGACAUUCUCCUAUAUCUACAAAGUUCCUUACUGACCCAGCUAAUGAAACUAGCUUUCAUGUUAUCGGUAGCCGUCAGUAUUCCACUUAUGUUGUUUCCAGCUCGAAUUGCGUUUUAUAAUCUUCUCUUGAAAUCGGAUGCUUGUGAAUACGCUAUGUUACGUGUGCCUUCGUUAGUGUUUGUUUCACUGACGGUAUUUCUCCUGUCUUCAUGUUUACUAGUUGCAGUAAUUGUACCAAAUGUUGAAUUUAUCCUCGGAAUAACGGGUGCAACGAUUGGUUCUCUUGUAACGAUCAUCAUCCCAUCGUUUUUAUUUUUAUCAGUAUCUCGUGGCAUUGAACAAUAUCGUCCUUUAAUAUUAUAUGCAAAAAUAUCGAUAAUAAUCGGUUCACUUAUGCUCAUCGGAAGUACAUGGGCAGUUCUACAUACGGAACAGGAAACGAAUGUUGUCGAUAUCAUUUUACCUAAACGAAUAGAUAGCGAAAAAGUGGAAACUGCCCUAAAACAUUUGGAGAAGAUCAAAACCGAUGGCAACAGCACGAAAUUGCAGAAUACAUUUUAUGGAGAACAAAAUGAAGAGAAGGUAAGAUCCAGAAGAGGGAAAUGGAAAGGGAAGCAAAAUGUAAUCGCUGCUACGGAUGAAAGAACGAAGACACUGCUGCAUGAAAUCAGGGAGGAACGCAAAGAGGAGAGCAGAAUUUUGAAAGGGCAACAGGCGCAACAGGCAACUGUUGAUGAAGUAAAGCACAAUGAAAUGCUAGAAAAGGUGACAAUGGUUGGUGCUUCAAAAGUAAACGUAAGUAAUGAAUGAACAAAAGAGAUCAGCAGUCAACUCGUAGAUUUUCAUAUGGAAAAUUCAAAGAAGAUAAUGUAAUCACAACUUCAAUCCUUGCACUUCAUUACUGAAC